CCCCAAAACCGGACCCCCGUCACCAAUCCCCACAAACUUGCUUCGUCCCCUCCGACGGCGAUCACCACGGCCGGCCGGCCGGCCGGCGUCCUCCCCGCCGGCGCACUUCUCCGGUGUCCAGAUUUCAGCUAGCCAUUGACCUGGCCUCCGCCGCGUCACCGUCUCCCUUCGACGUUAUAAAACGUGGUCAAACAAAGGAAGGGGAAGCCUCGUCCGCGACCGAAAAUACGCGGCCUUUUCCUUCCCCCUUCCUCCUUCUCCAGCUCGCUCGCCUUGUCUUCGCCACCUCGUAGCUCGCUCCCCCCUGCUCGUCUUCGAACCAUCUUCCAGAACUCCCGCCCCGCCGAGCCGAACCGAGUCGGUCGAGGAUGUGCGGGAUCUUCGCCUACCUCAACUACAACGCCCCGCGGGAGCGCCGCUACAUCCUCGGGGUGCUCCUCAACGGCCUCCGCCGCCUCGAGUACCGCGGGUACGACUCCUCCGGGAUUGCCGUCGACGGGGACCUCCCCGCGGCUUCCGCGCCGGCGCCGUACGCCGGGGCCGCCCCGCUCGUGUACCGGCAGGAGGGCAAGAUCGAGAACCUCGUGCGAUCCGUCUACUCCGAGAUUGAUGAGAAGGAUGUGAGCUUGGAUUCUGCAUUCAAUGUGCAUGCUGGAAUUGCCCACACCAGGUGGGCUACGCACGGUGUGCCGCACCCCAGGAACAGCCACCCGCAAUCUUCUGGUCCCGGUGAUGAGUUCUUGGUCGUGCACAAUGGCAUCAUCACAAACUAUGAGGUCCUGAAGGAGACACUAAUUCGGCAUGGGUUCACCUUUGAGUCUGAUACUGACACAGAAGUCAUCCCUAAGCUAGCGAAGUUUGUUUUUGAUCAGGCUCAUGAUGGAGAAGGUGAUGUGACAUUUAGCCAAGUUGUUAAUGAAGUCAUGAGGCAGCUUGAAGGGGCCUACGCCCUUAUCUUUAAAAGUCCACACUAUCCCAAUGAGCUGAUUGCAUGCAAACGAGGCAGCACACUGAUACUUGGCGUCAAUGAAUUGAGUGAUCAAAAUAGUGGGAAAUCGUUCCAUGAUGUCAAAGCCCUGACGACAAAUGGAAAGCCCAAGGAGUUAUUCUUCUCUAGUGAUUUAUGUGCUAUUGUGGAGCACACCAAGAAUUAUUUAGCGAUUGAAGAUAAUGAAAUCGUUCAUAUUAAGGAUGGCAGUGUGUCUAUCCUUAAGUUUGACCAAGACAAAGAGAAGCCAGCAUCUGUGCAACGAGCAUUAUCUGUUCUUGAGAUGGAAGUUGAGCAAAUAAAGAAAGGAAGCUAUGACCACUUCAUGCAAAAAGAAAUCCAUGAACAACCACAUUCGCUGACAACAACCAUGAGGGGUAGACUGAAGGAUGGUGGAGUUCUUUUGGGUGGACUGAAGGAACACCUCAAAACAAUUAGACGCAGUAGAAGAGUAGUCUUUAUUGGGUGUGGUACUAGUUACAAUGCUGCAUUAGCUGCAAGAACUUUUCUGGAAGAACUGAGCGGUAUUCCUGUAACUAUGGAGGUCGCAAGUGACUUGCUGGACAGGCAAGGUCCCAUCUACAGAGACGACACUGCAGUUUUUGUUAGCCAAUCGGGGGAGACAGCAGAUACUCUCCUUGCUCUUGAUUAUGCACUAGAAAAUGGAGCACUUUGUGUUGGCAUAACAAAUACUGUUGGAAGCUCAUUGUCAAGAAAAACACAUUGUGGAAUUCAUAUCAACGCUGGUUGUGAGAUUGGCGUUGCUAGCACUAAGGCAUACACAAGUCAAAUAGUAGUCAUGGCAAUGAUGGCCUUGGCUAUUGGAUCUGACCAAAUAUCUUCUCAGGCUAGAAGGGAAGCUAUCAUCAGUGGUCUUUCCAGUCUCCCAAGGUAUGCCAGUGAAGUUCUGAAACUUGAUUCGGAAAUGAAGGAACUUGCCUCUUCAUUGAUCGACUCAGAGUCCCUCCUCGUCUUUGGAAGAGGUUAUAACUAUGCCACUGCCUUGGAGGGUGCUCUGAAAGUUAAGGAGGUUGCGCUCAUGCACAGUGAAGGCAUGCUUGCUGGCGAGAUGAAGCACGGCCCGCUAGCACUAGUGGAUGAAAACCUUCCCAUUAUCGUCAUCGCAACACGCGAUGCAUGCUUCAGCAAGCAAAAGUCGGUGAUCCAGCAGCUCCUUUCUCGCAAGGGGCGUCUGAUUGUGAUGUGCUCAAAGGGAGAUGCAUCUGUCGUUAGUCCCAGCGGAUCUUGCAGACUGAUCGAAGUCCCAGAGGUUGCCGACUGUCUCCAGCCUGUGAUUAACAUUAUACCAUUACAGUUGCUUGCAUACCAUCUGACUGUUCUUCGUGGAUUCAACGUCGACCAACCGAGGAAUCUGGCAAAGAGUGUGACUACACAGUAAUUAGAGGGCAAACUUAGAGGGAAAACAUGUCUCCCAGAGCUCAUAAAAGUGUUCAGAUAUUCUGUUGAAAAAAAUAGGAAGAGGAAUGUUCAGAUGUUUGUAUCAGGCUUCUAGAGGGCAUGGAUGCUAGCUAUCUAAAUAGCCGUGAAUUUCGCGGUAGUGUAAUUACUUUAGAUGUUUGAGGUGGUUAAUUAGCGUUGCAGUCUGUUGGUUUACUCAUUGUGAAAAAUGUAUGAAUGUUAUCUGUGAAAAUAAAGCAUGGCGCGUUAAUUUCAAUCA